CUCCGACAGCCAAUGGCGGCGCGACCCCGCCCCUCCUGCCGGGUUCCGGGGAGUUAGCUGGCUGCGGGAGGCGGGGGACACUCAAUUCUUUCUGCAUCUUCUUUUGGGCUGCGGCGAUACAACGCCCCCCAGCCUCGCGGCCCAGCCUCGGGGCAGCCAUGGACUCGCAGGAAUUGAAGACUUUGAUUAAUUACUAUUGUCAAGAGAGAUAUUUCCAUCAUGUGUUACUGGUUGCCAGUGAAGGAAUUAAGAGGUAUGGAAGUGAUCCAGUCUUCAGGUUUUAUCAUGCCUAUGGCACAUUAAUGGAAGGUAAAACUCAAGAAGCUCUUCGAGAAUUUGAGGCUUGUAAAAAUAAACAAGAUGUAUCACUUUGUUCUCUAAUUGCACUGAUAUAUGCCCAUAAAAUGAGUCCUAAUCCAGAUAGAGAAGCUAUUCUGGAAUCAGAUGCCAGAAUGAAGGAACAACGUAAAGGAGCUGGAGAGAAAGCCUUAUACCAUGCAGGCUUAUUUUUAUGGCACAUUGGUCGCCAUGAUAAAGCAAGAGAAUAUAUUGACAGAAUGAUCAAAAUGUCAGAUGGUAGUAAGCAGGGACACGUUUUGAAAGCAUGGCUUGAUAUUACAAGAGGAAAAGACCCUUACACUAAAAAAGCACUGAAGUAUUUUGAAGAGGGACUCCAAGAUGGGAAUGAUACUUUUGCUCUGCUGGGUAAGGCACAAUGCCUUGAGAUGCGCCAGAAUUAUUCAGGUGCCCUGGAGACUGUGAACCAGAUAAUCGUGAACUUUCCAAGCUUCCUUCCUGCUUUUGUUAAGAAAAUGAAAUUACAACUAGCCUUGCAGGAUUGGGACCAAAUGGUUGAGACAGCACAACGGUUGCUGCUCCAAGAUAGCCAAAAUGUGGAAGCACUGAGAAUGCAGGCACUCUACUAUGUGUGUAGGGAGGGGGAUAUAGAGAAGGCUUCCACCAAGCUGGAAAACUUGGGAAAUGCAUUGGAUGCCAUGGAACCACAGAAUGCUCAACUUUUCUAUAACAUUACACUCGCCUUCAGCAGAACUUGUGGACGUAGUCAACUCAUUCUUCAAAAAAUUCAAACGUUACUUGAGAGAGCUUUUAGUUUAAACCCUCAGCAAUCAGAAUUUGCUACAGAACUUGGAUACCAAAUGAUUUUACAAGGAAGAGUUAAAGAGGCACUGAAGUGGUAUAAGACCGCCAUGACACUUGAUGAGACUAGUGUGUCUGCCCUAGUUGGAUUUAUCCAAUGUCAGCUGAUAGAAGGGCAAUUACAGGAUGCAGAUCAGCAGCUAGAAUUUUUAAAUGAAAUUCAGCAGUCCAUUGGAAAAUCUGCGGAAUUAAUCUAUUUACAUGCAGUUCUUGCCAUGAAGAAAAAUAAACGACAAGAAGAAGUUAUUAAUUUGUUAAAUGAUGUCCUGGACACUCAUUUUUCACAAAUUGAAGGUUUGCCUCUUGGCAUACAGUAUUUUGAAAAGCUAAAUCCUGAUUUCUUGUUAGAAAUUGUUACAGAAUAUCUGAGCUUCUGUCCAAUGCAGCCUGCAAGUCCUGGGCAACCUCUUUGUCCACUUCUCAGGCGUUGUGUCUCAGUCCUGGAGACUGUAGUAAGAACUGUUCCAGGUCUUCUGCAAACUGUCUUCCUAAUAGCAAAAGUGAAAUAUUUGUCAGGUGAUAUUGAAGCAGCUUUUAAUAACCUUCAGCAUUGCUUAGAACACAAUCCCUCUUAUGCCGAUGCUCAUCUGCUGCUAGCUCAGGUUUACUUGUCUCAAGAAAAAGUCAAAUUGUGUUCUCAGUCUCUUGAACUUUGUCUGAGCUAUGAUUUUAAGGUGAGAGAAUAUCCUUUAUAUCAUUUGAUAAAAGCUCAGUCACAAAAGAAAAUGGGAGAAAUAGCAGAUGCAAUUAAAACACUGCAUAUGGCAAUGAGUUUACCAGGAAUGAAAAGAAUUGGAGCUUCCACAAAAUCAAAAGACAGAAAAACUGAAGUUGAUACAAGCCAUCGUUUAUCGAUCUUUCUCGAAUUGAUAGAGCUUCACCGCUUAAAUGGAGAGCAGCAUGAGGCAGCCAAAGUUUUACAAGAUGCCAUCCAUGAAUUUUCUGGAACAUCUGAAGAAGUGCGGGUUACCAUUGCUAAUGCAGACCUAGCUCUAGCCCAAGGAGAUAUUGAACGGGCUUUAAGCAUCCUUCAAAAUGUUACAGCCGAACAGCCUUAUUUUAUAGAGGCCAGAGAAAAAAUGGCAGAUAUUUAUCUGAAGCACAGAAAAGAUAAAAUGUUAUAUAUCACUUGUUUUAGAGAAAUUGCUGAAAGAAUGGCUAACCCUCGGUCUUUUCUUCUCCUCGGUGAUGCAUAUAUGAAUAUUCUAGAGCCUGAAGAAGCCAUAGUAGCAUACGAGCAAGCAUUAAAUCAGAACCCGAAAGAUGGGACAUUGGCAAGUAAAAUGGGCAAAGCACUUAUCAAAACUCAUAACUACUCAAUGGCCAUCACUUACUAUGAAACUGCUCUGAAAAGUGGACAAAAGAAUUAUCUUUGCUAUGACCUGGCUGAGCUCUUAUUAAAAUUGAAAUGGUAUGACAAAGCAGAAAAAGUUCUUCAACAUGCUCUGGCUCAUGAACCUGUAAAUGAACUGUCAGCUCUCAUGGAGGAUGGACGUUGUCAAGUUCUUCUAGCAAAAGUUUAUAGUAAAAUGGAAAGACCUGGUGAUGCGAUCAUUGCAUUACAACAGGCUCGAGAAUUACAAGCUCGGGUACUAAAACGUGUUCAGAUGGAACAGCCAGAUGCAGUUCCUGCACAGAAACAUUUAGCAGCUGAAAUUUGUGCAGAGAUUGCAAAACAUUCUGUUGCUCAGCGAGACUAUGAAAAAGCAAUUAAGUUUUAUAGAGAGGCUCUGGUUCACUGUGAAACAGAUAAUAAGAUUAUGUUGGAACUGGCACGAUUAUACCUGGCACAAGAUGACCCUGAUUCCUGCCUGCGGCAGUGUGCUUUACUGCUUCAGAGUGACCAGGAUAAUGAAGCUGCUACCAUGAUGAUGGCUGAUCUCAUGUUCAGAAAACAAGACUAUGAACAAGCAGUGUUUCAUUUACAGCAGCUUUUAGAACGUAAGCCAGAUAAUUAUAUGACAUUAUCUCGUUUGAUUGAUCUCCUAAGAAGAUGUGGAAAACUAGAGGAUGUCCCACGAUUUUUCUCAAUGGCUGAGAAACGUAACUCCAGAGCAAAGUUGGAGCCAGGAUUUCAGUAUUGUAAAGGACUAUAUCUUUGGUACACUGGAGAACCAAAUGAUGCCCUUCGACAUUUUAAUAAAGCUCGGAAAGAUCGUGACUGGGGCCAAAAUGCCCUUUAUAAUAUGAUAGAAAUCUGUUUGAAUCCAGAUAAUGAAACUAUUGGAGGUGAAGUAUUUGAAAACCUGGAUGGAGACCUGGGUAAUUCAACUGAGAAGCAAGAAUCUGUGCAAUUGGCAGUAAGAACAGCAGAAAAACUUCUUAAGGAACUAAAACCUCAGACUGUUCAGGGUCACGUACAGCUUUGCAUAAUGGAAAACUAUUGCUUAAUGGCUACCAAACAGAAAUCUAACGUUGAACAAGCAUUAAAUACCUUCACUGAAAUAGCAGCAUCUGAGAAGGAUCAUAUCCCAGCACUCUUGGGAAUGGCAACGGCUUAUAUGAUCUUGAAACAGACUCCACGAGCCAGAAACCAGCUGAAACGUAUUGCAAAAAUGAAUUGGAAUGCUAUUGAUGCCGAAGAGUUUGAGAAGAGUUGGCUGCUACUUGCUGAUAUUUACAUUCAAUCAGCAAAAUAUGACAUGGCAGAAGAACUAUUAAAACGGUGCCUGCGUCAUAAUAGAUCUUGCUGCAAAGCUUAUGAAUACAUGGGAUACAUUAUGGAAAAAGAGCAAGCGUAUACAGAUGCUGCCUUGAACUAUGAGAUGGCAUGGAAAUACAGUAAUCGGACAAAUCCAGCAGUAGGAGGUGCUAUUUUGAAAUUGGGAAUGCCAUGGAAAAAGAUGUUUCCAUUGCCAUGUAAGUUAGGAAAAUACGGCAUUAAAUUUAAUUACACAGAUUUCUUUACUUCUCAAAGCUGUUAAACACUAUAUUGCGAUGGAUAUCACAGAGGGGCCAUGUUUCCCACAAUUAUUUGACCAUGGGCCAUUUUUUUUUCUCCUGAGCAUCUAGAAACAUCAUCUACUCCCAGUGUUUUAUAGGCUGUUAGUUUGAGUAAUGCUAGUCUACAGUGUCCCUAACAGAGGUGGCAUCAGCAUAUAUGUCAUGACCAACCUCUCCCCUCAUGCCAGGGAGCUCAUCCUCGUGUUUGUGUACUCUUCCUUUGUGUUGGGUUGAAAUAUGCCUCCUUGAAACUGCCCAAGUCUGUUUUCCGGAGCAACCUACAGAAUGCUUCCCUCUUACAGAUCAUGACCCUUUAAACUGCAAUCUUCUGUCCUGUGUCCUAGGGCUUCUUUUCAAGCCAUCUGCAGUUACUUGUCCAUUCUUCCUAAGAUUGAAUUCUGUCUGAGUCUCUCAUCUUCCUUGUUGCUGUCUCCUGGAAGCUCUAAAAUAGUGUUUCCCAAACUGUGCUUUGGAACACUUGGGGAGAUUUUAAUAAUUAUUAUUUUUUUAAUUAAAAAGAAUGGAGUAUGAAGGUGGUAGAUGCCAUGGCCAUGUAAGUUUGGAAAGUGCUGCUUUAUUUUUCCAUGCCCCUCUGACCUGUUGUACCAUAAAUGAAAAACCUGUUAACUAUUAUUUGGCUAGUUAUAAUUAAGCUAUUUUUUUCUUUUGAUUAGGCAUUUUGUCGUUGUUAAUUCAGCCUAAGAUGACAUCAGUCUUUUCAGUAGCCAUGUCACAGUGUGAAUUCAAUUUUGAUUUGCAGUCAAAUGUGUCACCCUCACACUAACUGCUGUCAGCUUAGGUCUUCCCUCAUCUUUUAGUUUCCUGGAGUCUGUUCUUAUACUAUACUAGACUUGUACAAAGCACAAGAACUAAUGAUUUUAUAGUAUUUUUAUUCUAAGAUGUGAUGUAUCUUUCAGAAUAAAGUCACCUCAUAAAAUAAAAAGUCCUUAAAUAUCCUUAAAAUACUAAUUUUGACACUUUAUUCCAUAGAAGGAAUGCAUAGAAGUUAAAUUAUUUAUAUAUUCCAUUCCUUGGAAGACCUCAACAAAUAAAGAGAUUCCAAAUGA